AGGAGGGGACAGAGCCGCUCCUGGGGCGCACCGGCAGCCCCGGCUCUGCAGGUGCCGCCCGACCGGCACCGGCACCGUACGGCUCGGCCCGGAGGGGAACGGCCCGGAGGGGAACGGCCCGGAGGGGAAAGGCCCGGCUCGGCUCGGCUCGGCUCGGCUCGGCUCGGCGCGGAAGGGAGCGGCGGGAGCUGUGGCUGCCGCGGGACGGGCCGGAGCGGCCGCUCUAAGAUGUGCCAUGAGCCGCUCGGCCCCGGCGCCGAGCGGCCGCUCCGCCUGAGUCCCGGGCAGCAGCCGCCCGAGUCCCCGCUGCCCCUGGGGCCCUAGGGCCGCGCCGGCCCGCGCCCUCCCCAACGAUGCCCCAUCUCUGGCCGGCGCUCCGCCGCGUCCUCUGGGAAUACUGGGCAGCGCUCCUGGUCGGCGGCUUCUGGGGACAGAGUUCGCACGGGAUGCCGCAUGUCAUCCGGAUCGGGGGAAUCUUUGAGUACGCAGAUGGCCCCAACACGCAGGUGAUGAGUGCUGAGGAACAAGCCUUCCGCUUCUCCGCCAACAUCAUUAACAGGAACAGAACUUUGUUGCCCAACACAACCCUAACCUAUGACAUCCAGAGGAUACACUUCCAUGACAGCUUUGAAGCAACUAAGAAAGCCUGUGACCAGCUCGCUCUGGGGGUUGUUGCAAUAUUUGGACCUUCCCAAGGCUCUUGCACCAACGCUGUCCAGUCUAUCUGCAAUGCCCUGGAAGUCCCCCACAUACAGCUCCGAUGGAAACAUCACCCUUUGGAUAACAAGGACACUUUCUAUGUCAACUUGUAUCCUGACUAUGCUUCCCUGAGCCAUGCUAUCCUGGACCUCGUGCAGUACCUGAAGUGGAGGUCAGCCACAGUGGUGUACGAUGACAGCACAGGCCUCAUACGGCUGCAGGAGCUCAUCAUGGCCCCGUCUCGCUACAACAUCCGCCUGAAGAUCCGCCAGCUCCCGCUGGACACCGAUGAUGCCCGGCCGCUACUCAAGGAGAUGAAGCGGGGCAGGGAAUUUCGCAUCAUCUUUGACUGCAGCCACCUGAUGGCAGCUCAGAUCCUCAAGCAGGCUAUGGCAAUGGGGAUGAUGACAGAAUAUUACCACUUCAUCUUCACCACUCUGGAUCUUUAUGCAUUAGACCUAGAACCAUACCGCUACUCUGGGGUGAACCUGACCGGCUUCCGGAUCCUCAACGUGGAGAACCCACACGUGUCCUCCAUCAUUGAGAAGUGGUCCAUGGAGCGGCUGCAGUCAGCACCCAAGGCAGAGCUGGGGCUCCUUGAUGGUGUGAUGAUGACAGACGCUGCCCUGUUGUACGACGCAGUGCACGUGGUGUCCGUGUGCUACCAGCGUGCGCCGCAGAUGACUGUGAACUCCCUGCAGUGCCACCGCCACAAGGCCUGGAGGUUCGGCGGCCGCUUCAUGAACUUCAUUAAAGAGGCCCAGUGGGAAGGAUUAACAGGACGCAUUGUCUUUAAUAAAACCAGUGGUUUACGGACGGAUUUUGAUUUGGAUAUCAUCAGUCUCAAAGAAGAUGGUCUUGAAAAGGUUGGAGCAUGGAGCCCCUCUGAUGGUUUGAACAUCACAGAAAUCUCCAAAGGACGAGGGCCCAACGUCACGGACUCGCUGAGCAACAGAUCUCUGAUUGUCACCACCGUGCUGGAGGAGCCCUUUGUCAUGUUCCGUAAGUCCGACACCGCCCUGUUUGGGAAUGACCGCUUUGAGGGCUACUGCAUAGACCUCCUGAAGGAGCUGGCCAUCAUCCUGGGCUUCUCCUACGAGAUCCGUCUGGUGGAGGACGGCAAAUACGGGGCACAGGAUGAGAAGGGGCAGUGGAAUGGCAUGAUCAAGGAGCUCAUCGACCAUAAAGCUGACCUGGCUGUGGCUCCUCUGACCAUCACUCAUGUCCGAGAGAAAGCCAUCGACUUCUCCAAGCCCUUCAUGACCCUGGGGGUCAGCAUCCUGUACAGGAAGCCCAACGGGACCAACCCCAGCGUGUUCUCCUUCCUCAACCCUCUCUCUCCCGACAUCUGGAUGUACAUUCUCCUCGCCUAUCUGGGGGUCAGCUGUGUGCUCUUUGUCAUAGCCAGGUUCAGCCCCUAUGAGUGGUACGAUGCCCACCCCUGCAACCCGGGCUCGGACAUUGUGGAGAACAACUUCACCCUCUUGAACAGCUUCUGGUUUGGGAUGGGAGCGCUGAUGCAGCAAGGCUCGGAGCUGAUGCCCAAAGCCCUGUCUACACGGAUCAUUGGUGGCAUAUGGUGGUUCUUCACCCUAAUUAUCAUCUCGUCCUACACGGCCAACCUUGCGGCCUUCCUGACAGUGGAGAGGAUGGAAUCUCCCAUCGACUCGGCAGAUGACUUGGCAAAGCAGACAAAAAUAGAGUAUGGAGCAGUGAAGGAUGGAGCUACCAUGACCUUCUUCAAGAAAUCAAAAAUUUCCACAUUUGAGAAAAUGUGGGCUUUCAUGAGCAGCAAACCCACAGCACUGGUUAAAAACAAUGAGGAGGGGAUCCAGAGAACCCUGACGGCUGAUUACGCACUGCUGAUGGAGUCCACCACCAUCGAGUACAUCACCCAGAGGAACUGCAACCUCACCCAGAUCGGGGGGCUCAUCGACACCAAAGGCUAUGGGAUUGGGACGCCCAUGGGGUCACCGUACAGGGACAAGAUCACCAUCGCCAUCCUGCAGCUCCAGGAGGAGGACAAGCUCCACGUCAUGAAGGAGAAGUGGUGGCGGGGGAAUGGCUGCCCUGAGGAUGAGAACAAGGAGGCCAGUGCCCUGGGCAUCCAGAACAUUGGAGGGAUAUUCAUUGUCCUGGCAGCAGGCCUGGUGCUGUCCGUCUUUGUGGCCAUGGUGGAAUUCAUCUACAAGCUGCGCAAAACGGCGGAGCGCGAGCAGCGCUCCUUCUGCAGCGCCAUGGCUGACGAGAUCCGGCUGUCGCUCACCUGCCAGCGCCGGGUCAAGCACAAGCCCCAGCCCCCCGUAAUGGUGAAGACAGAUGCAGUGAUCAACAUGCACACCUUCAAUGACCGACGGCUGCCCGGCAAGGACAACAUGACCUGCAACACUGGAUUGGCACCUGUGUUUCCCUAGGGAAUGGCAAUGGGGGGGGUGGGAGGGAAGGAAUUGCGGCAGACAAGGCUGGAUGCACCCUUAACUAGGGAAGGAUGGAUUAAACAAAUGAGGAAAAAAAAAAAAAAAAAAAGAAAAAAAAAAAAGCCUGGUUUGUUCAUUUCAAGAACAAGGCCUUUACAACCCAGCUGAAUCCAUCACCGCAGUGGAGCCAGAACUUCCAACCAUGGACAGUAAUGUGGGUCUUGGGGCUUUUUGCAUUUGUUUUGUUACUUUUCAUUCUUUUUUUUUUAAUGCUUCGAUCCUCCAGGCCUCAUGGAAUCCAACCACAGGAGUCUGAUGUUUACACACCGAAAACACGCGGAGGUGAAGCAGAAUUGAGCCAACCCCAAGCGGUUGAGGAGGAGCCCCAAGUGUGGCUCCAUCAGCAAGGCAAUAAACAGGAACACUGGGUCAGGUGUGAGCACCUGAUCCACACCGACACACAGAGCACAUUUCGGAUACACUGCCUGGAAAAGGUACCUGGGAAGCAGCGGGACGGUUGAGGCCAUGCCUGUCCUCAGAGCAGCUCGUGGUGGCCCCCACUCGCGGCUGUGCUGGCUGCAGCCAUGCGGAGCGCGAUGUCCAUGUGGGAGUGCAGUGGCAGAAGGUGACACACGUUCCUCAGCAGAUCCAGGGCACUGGGAAGGGGAAGGUGAGUCUGAAAUGGAGCCAAGCUGCGGGCCAGGAAGGGCACAGCAUGACAUGCACAGAAUCUUCUGCACCUCUGAGUGACAGCACCCACACUCCCCGUGCCAAGCCCCAGCCUGAGCCCCAAGGGUGAUCUCCAGGUCCUCAGCUCUGUCUCUGCUCUUCCUGCAAAGCUCAGUCUCUCCUGCAGUGAAGCAUGGGAAGCAACCGGGUCCACAGGCUCCAGCAGGAGCAAAGCUUCUUCCAAGAGCCAGAAGUACCAAUCUCCAUGAAAUUCAGCAGUGCUGAACUGCAACUCCACACUGGGAAGGGACUGUGGGCCUGGUUUAGGACUAAGUGCUCUCAAUGGCAUCAAGGACCUGAAGGAUUAAUCUCAGCCAGGGCUGACCUGAGAGGAGCAAAGCCAAGUCUGCUCUGACCACAAACUACCACCCCUCAGGCAGCCUCUCUGUGGGAUUUAAGCAAACACACACUAAAAUGUUUUGAGGAAAUCUUCCAUGAAUUGUCUUCUUAUUUUCAGGUUGCUUAACCCAGAAAGUUGGUCCUGCAGAUGAAUUUAGGCAGAAUUACCAAAGAACCCUCUGCUGACCUAAGGUAACUUGAGUAACGUCCCUCAGCUCCAUCCCUGCCAGGGGACCUGCAGGCAGCCAGAGGAACAUUGUGGAUUCAGUCAUAAAAUUAAAUAAAUGGAAAUUUCUCCACCCGCUGUAGCCCAUAAUGUCACAUAUGUGAUGCAAAGGUGCAUAAAAGCUCUGAUUUAAACACCGGUGGUGUAGAAAACAGCAACUCCCAUCCCCUGCAGGGGGAGGAGGGACAGGACCCCACCUGUGCCCACCUGUGUGGAUGGGGCAGAGAUGGAGCAGGCAGUGCCCAGGCUCUGCAGCCCUAGCCUCACUCUGCACCAUGUGCUGAGGCCACCACACCAAACGGCCACUGAACUGACCCCAUUCACCCUCCUGAGCUGCACGGCCAUGCUAGAAAGGUUAUCCUCGCCCAAAGGAACAAACCUGUAUCUAGCUGAUUUCAGGUUUUUCCCCACCUAUUCCUCCCCAUGCUCAGUCAGGAAGGCUGUCUCGAGCUGAGCAGAAUUAGCAGAUUAGCUCAGGGGUGAAGAGCUGCUCCCCCACCCCAUCACGGAACACAGUUUGUCCUUAUUUUGCUUUUUCCAUGAUGUACAGAAACAACAGAGAGACCCCAAACAAAAUCAGGUGAUUUGUCACACUUUGACUCAAGCAAAGAUAUGCAAGGAAUUUACAUUCAUUUUCACCUUUUCACAGAAACCAUGAAAAAUUAGGGAUGAAAGCUGCCAAUGCAAUGGGCAUCAGAUUCUUAAUAAUUUGCUGCCCAAAUACCUUGAGCAAAGGACAGACUGAAGUGUGGGGCAGCUUCCCAAAGCCAAUGACAUGCUUUCUGUAUUCCUUUGCAAAUCCUUAGGCUUGUUAGAGUAGUAGGUUUUGUUUUCCUUGCAGAUUUCUAAGCUCUAAAAAAAAAAAAAAAGCAGA